CGGCGGCGGCGGCGCUGCGGGAGGGAGGUGGCUGCGCGGUGCGGGCUGUUGUUGUUGAGCUGCCCGCGGCUCCCCCCCGCGCCCGGCCCGGCCCGGCCCGGCUCGGCUCGGCUCGCAGCGCCUGGAGGCCCGGCAGCAUGAGCGACAACGAUGACAUCGAGGUGGAGAGCGACGAAGAGCAGCCGAGGUUUCAGUCUGCGGCUGACAAGCGGGCGCACCACAACGCGCUGGAGCGCAAGCGCAGGGACCACAUCAAAGACAGCUUCCACAGUCUGCGGGACUCCGUCCCGUCCCUCCAGGGAGAGAAGGCAUCCCGGGCCCAAAUCCUCGACAAAGCCACCGAGUACAUCCAGUACAUGCGCCGGAAAAACCACACGCACCAGCAGGACAUCGACGACCUCAAGCGCCAGAACGCGCUGCUGGAGCAGCAAGUCCGGGCGCUGGAGAAGGCGCGGUCAAGCGCCCAGCUGCAGGCCAACUACUCGUCGGACAGCAGCCUCUACACGAACCCCAAGGGCAGCGCCAUCUCCGCCUUCGACGGGGGCUCCGACUCCAGCUCCGAGUCGGAGCCGGACGAGCCUCAGAGCCGAAAGAAACUGCGCAUGGAGGCCAGCUAGAGGCCUGGCCGCGACGGCCUGGCCCCGGCUGCCGUUCGCCCCCUGCCCGCCCGCUCUGUAAGGACUCUCCCUUCUCUAGUAGAGGCUCUCGGACUGCAGCUUUCUGCCCCUCCCCGCCUUGCUUCGCCGGGCCCGGCAGCGUUUCCUCGGGGGGCCGCUCGGCCUUUGGAUAGACUCUGGGCAGCGCUCAGCUCCGAGGAGACACCCCAGCGAUUUUCUACGAGUGUUUCUAUUUAUACUAACGCCCCGUGAAUCUGAGCCGCGGGGGGGAGGGGCAGAGAGCAGCGGUGCCCGCCUGGCGCGCCCAGAGCCAGCCUCUCCUCGCCGUUCGGGGAGGGCCCCACACUGCCCUGGCAGAAGCCAGGCGUCUGACCUCCCGCUGUGAUGCGCAGGGGGGAGGGGAGGAGUUUUUUAUCUAGGGUGAAUGGUGAUGAAUUGCUAUUUAUUUCCUGCUCUCGGUUUGAUCCGGCCAGACUCUGCCGCUGCCCCCGGGGGCCCAGGCGACAGAUUCGUAGAGUAACGAUCAAAUUCCCUUGCGUGCGGGCGCCCCUCAGCUGCCUGCCUUUCGGAUGUAAAUACACCCCAAGCAUUAGAGCUGGUACUAACGGCUGCGUGGUGCUGGCCUCGGGCCAGGGCA